AGCCACGCGCGGUUGCGACAUCGGCGCCGCGUGCGCGGCAUAAGCGAGCGCGAAUUUAGAAAAUUGUGCGCGCAUGAAAGUUGGGAGGAUUUUUCAAAACCCGACGCGAGGAAGCCCAUCUCCGAGGAUUUGAUUUUUGUACAACGAGCGGAAUUUCAGUCCUCGGUGAAAAGCUUCGAUUGCACGCGGAAGAGCUAAUUCGAUUCUCCGCGAUCGGGAGAAGAAAGUGCCUGACAUCGGAGUCAUUUGAGUUUCAGAGAGAUCUCGCGGCCUGACCAAAUGGAAUGUGUCGGCAGCGCGCAGCUACUCGUUUACACCGGUCAGGUGUACAAGACGAGUAAAAAUCGCGAAGGUUAAGGACGUCGCUGCAGAGAGCUGGAUCUGCGCUCUCGAAAAAAGUCGAUUAUCGCGAGUCUAUACGAUUAGCGACUGCAUCGCGGAAUGCCGACGGCGUGGAAUUAUACGAGUUCGCGCACGCGACCGCGAUGCCGGUUCGGAUUGCGGGAAGCACGUGCGCGCACGCGUGACCGCUACUUGUACUCUUGAAUUAGAAUUAUCGUUCGACGAGAACCCAAGAGAUUUCCAUUGUGAAAUUUCUACGGGCGCAUAAGUCGGCUCGGCAAGGCUACUCCAUACGCGCUGCGGUUGAUACUGCUCCCGUUCCUAUGUACGCGAUAUAACGUUGGAGCGCGUUACAGCCGAGGUUGCAGGAUUAGGUCGCGCGUAAUCGUCUCUCCGCUCGCUCGGAGAUUGCUGCGUUACAGCCGCUCUCGCGUCCUUUCUCCUGCGCGCGCGCGCGCGCGUGUAGCCUCGACUGGGAAUUUGCACUUUCUUCCAACAACGCACCCUUGUACACGGACCGUCCUUCUGCUUUCAGAUUCGACAAAUCGGACCGCAUCGUAGGAUGCCAGUCGUCUGCUGAGCGCUCAUCUUUAACGACAGCAGCAUGGCGUCCAAGCUUUCAGCUCUCCUCGCAGCCCUCGCCCUCGUAUGCAGCUGCGGGGCGCAGAUCUACACGGGCGGCUCGACGUACAGCGAUGUGGAGCCGGAGGCGGCUGCGGCUGCGGCCAACGCCGAGGAGGUAGUGCUGCCCGCGCCGGCCGGCCCCGAGUUCACCACCCAGACCGUCUACGGGUUCCUCGACUUCACCACGACCAUCGGCAACACGGUGAUGGUCUUCAGUCCGCAGAGCGAGCCCGCAGAGGGCAACCGCGAGGCCAAGUCCGCCUCGGCGAUCGAGACGAAGCCGUCUGUGGCGGAGAAGAAGAUCGCCGACAUCCAGCCGAGCAAGACGCACAAGGCCGAGGGCACGAAGAAGGGCAGCACCAAGAUCGUCGUCAACUCGGUGGUCCAGCAGAACGUCGUCGGCCCGGCGAGUCAGUCCAGCGAGCCUACGCGCGCCCAAGUCGCAACGAGCAAGAGCCCAGCCCUGUCGAGCGUCCUCGAGGUGAGGCCCAAGCUCGACGACGUGCCCGGCGUCAAGAACAACCUGGCCGAGCCCGAGUACGACUUCCUGUCCAAGCAGCCGACCGAAAUCGUCGACGAGACCUACAAGGUGAUAAACCUGCGUCCGUCUGCCAAGUCGCCGGGCCCGAAGCCCCGGCCCUCGGCCCGCCGCGACAAGGAGAACCCCACGGGCCUGGUGACCAAGCUCGGCGGCACCAUCGUCAAGGACGGCCUGACGACGGUCCACGAGACCAACGUCAUCGGCACCUACAUCAACGGCAAGUACGCCCAGGUGCUGCAGAGCAGCUCGCGGAUACUCAACCCGCCGGCCAACAACGUGCUGGACGCCGGCAACAAGAUCAAGCCGAGCAGCAGCCAGCGGAUCCUCAAGACCCUCGGGCCCCAGCAGCACGGCAAGCACAAGCCGCACCAGCAGCACCAGCACCAGCUCGAGCCCACCUCGCCGCUGCAGUCGGACGAGCCCGAACAGGCCGGUCUGGGAGGAGGCAGGCCCGGUCGCCGGCAUCCCGGCGGCAACGGAGUACGGCCCAAGUUCCGCAACAAGAUCGCGGACGAGGCCGAGAACGGAGAGCAGCAGCAGCAGCAGCAGCAGCAACAGCAGCAGCAGAACCGACCAGCCGGAGGCAAAAACAGGCCCGGCGGCGCUCGGCCCAGUUACAAGAACCGGACCCAGCAGACGGCGACCACGACGACGACGGAGGCCUCCACGGGCGGCACCCGCCGCCGCGCGGGCUUCCGGCCGUCCAACAGCAUCGCCAACAGCAGCCCGGCCAAGCAGUACAAGAGCGCCUCCAAGUCCGAGCAGCAGUCGGCCGCGCCUACCUCGAACCCCUCGGCCAAGGCCAAGCUGCCGCGCACCCAGGGCCGCUGGUCCUACAAGACCACCCCCAAGCCGCGCAUCCAGAUCCGCAAGCAGGCCGGCGACGAGGAGCCCAGCGCUAAGCAGCCCCAGGCCCAGCAACCGGUCGUCAGCGUGGAGCAGAGCGUGGCCACCUCGGCCCCGGUGGCCAGCGGUGGCCCGCAGCCGGGGAGCAACGCCGAGGAGCCGGCGCCCCUGAGCCAGCGCAACAUCCAGGAGGGCGACUUUGACGGCGAGCUCGACGAGAGCGAGUCCGAGGACGUGAACGUCAGCGUCCAGCAGCAGCAGCCCGAGGCCGGGCCACCGCAGCCCGCCGAGCGGAUCCUGCCCGUCGAGACCAUCAACGUGGAGAUCUCGACGCCCGGCGACUUGAACGACAUCUACUUCGAGAUAGCCACCAUCAAGUCGCCCUACGAGUUCCAGGUGGGCACCUCCCGCAACACGCGCUUCGUCACCGUCACCUCGACCAUCAAAAAGUCCUUCGCCACGGCCGAGCCGACCCCGAGCUCGCUCUCGCCCACCGAGCCGCUGACCGAGAACAUCCUGGCCAACACCGGCGCCGCGUACGAGAGCAGCCUGCCGCUCGACUCGUCGAUCGCCACGCUGCCGGCCAUCACCCUCGAGCCCAGCCAGGCGACCCCGCCGCUCGAGACCAUCACCGAGACCUUCUCCACGACGCAGACGCUGCUCAAGACCCACCUGCUGCCGGUGGUGGCGGCCAACGGCAACACCACCAGCCGCAUCACCCUCGUGCAGACCUACAACAUCGCGAGGAUCGUCACCGCGACCAAGACCCUGCCGCCCACCGAGCUCUUCCAGUUCGUGCCCAGCAAGACCCUCAACGAGUUCAACUCGAAGCUGGACGAGGCCGGCAGCGAGCUGCACCUCGAGCUCGACUUCGGCGACGACGAGCGCGACGACGAGGACGUGCCCAAGCGCAUAGUCGCGCCCAGCACGGACCUCGACUCCGACCUCGACAUCUUCAAGUCCCUCAGCCCCAGCAGCAGACUCAAGGCCGAGCAGAGCCCCAGCAGCAGCGCCGUCGCCGAGUCGCCCAUCAGCAAGGAGCAGGCCCAGCAGCUGGCCCUGCUGCAGCUGCUCGGGCAGGCCCAGCCGCAGGUGAUCACGACGUCCCGGCCCGUGGUGGUGCUGGAGACCAUCUACGACUCGCACGUGAUCCCGCUGGUGAACGGCGGCAACACCAUCUUCUCGACGCUGACCCGGCCCGUGGCGACGGUGCCGCGCACCUCCUACGAGUACGGCACCUCGACCCUGGCCGCGCCCAUCACCCUGCCGCAGGUGCCGCAGCUGCCGCAGCUGCCGCAGGUCCCGCAGGUGCCGCUCUUCCCGCACGCCCAGCCGCAGUUCACGGUGACGAGCGCGCCGGUCGUCCAGCCGACCGUGGCCACCGUCUCGGACUCGCGCGUGCUCAAGCUGACCUUCGGCGCCAAGACGGCCUACACGACGCUCUUCUCCACGCGGCUGGUGCCCACCGAGCUCACCACCUACGUCACCUCGACCAUCGCGCUCCAGCCCACGGUGCCGGCCUUCCCCGGCUACUACCCGCCGGCCGUCGGCUUCCCCGGCUACCCCUACGUGGGCUAGAGGCCGAUCGACGAGAAGCGACGAAUGGGUUUGUGCGCACUUACGGCGCCCUUCUCGCGCCUCCCGAGAGCGAGGCCGAACGCGAGUAGGGCGCGGACCGAGCUCGAGACGUUACUUUAGCCUUACUUUACUGUAUAAAUCGAGCGGUGCACUGCAAAUUUUCGGCACCUCUCGACUCGAAAUUCCUGCGCGCGCGAUCUUAAAUUAUUAUUCCUAGUAUUAGUUGAGUGAAAAAUUGCGCAAGGCACAGGUCGCUGCCAUCAACGAAAGAAAAAAAAAACAGUCCUCGCGCGAAGCCACUCGUGAAAAAGAAACGAAAGCGAGCGAUUGCAGCACGCUCGCUGCUGUCGAGAUUCUUUUUUUCUUCGUAUUGUGUAUCGAUGCGAGUGUGUACUUUCGGCCCACCAUAGGCAUGCAAUAGAAACUUGACGGUUGGAGAAGAGAAAAAACGGUGCUCGCGAUUCGUUCUAUUAUUAUUGUAAAUAAAUUAUUUUUAGCCCCUAACAUUGACAUUAUACCAUUUCAUACCAUUUAGCUGUACGUAAUAUAAUAUUGUAUACUAUGUAUAUUGAUAAUUUUUGUAAAUAAAGAGUGUGAAACUCAACGGCA